AAAUGUGUCCAGCGAUGCCUGAUCUGCCUAAUUUGGCCUUGCAUAACAUUUUCAUGGAAACAGAUUUGGUAUUACAUGCCUUAUAUGAUGACCAGUGUAUGUGGAAAAAUUUGAAAUGUGCUAUAUUUGCAUAGGUUUGUGAGGCAUUUGUUGACUUUACAUUUUUAGACUGAGCUCAGUUUAUUAAGUUAAUUUUUAUGACACAUCCUCAAGUCAACUGGUGCAAAAACCAAGCAUUGGCUGAGGCAAGAACGUAUCCUCAGAGAACGCAUCUCAGUUGUGGUUUUGGUAUAUCAAGCACUGUUGGAAUUAGGGGGUAUUCCCCAUUAAAAAAAAGUUUUACCCCUAAAGAGUUAAGGGACCCCCAUAACGCCAAAAUAAUGUAUCUUGGGGGGGGUCCCCUGGUGUUUAAUUAAAACUAGAAAUAUUAAAGGUGCACUCAGUAAUUUUUUCCCCAUUAAAAAGUUUUAAUCCUGAAGAAAUGAAUUGUAAUUUUGAAACAUGUAUAAAAUCCAACACUCUCACGGCGAAAUCGCCAGGAUUCGAACGACUUUUUAAAAUUUUGCUAAUUCCUAUGAUAUUGUGCGACUGCUCUCGUUUUAAUUCCCACGACUUUCACUACAGCCAAUGACAUCGCUGGACAUCGUUUACAUCUAAUACGCGACAAUUACUUGCUUCUGUCACACACAACAGCUUCCUAUCAUGUUUACACACUCUACUGAAUGGUUAAGUUUAGAUAAGGGGUUUGGGUAAGGGUAUAACAUUAAUAAGCAUGUCCUUAACGCCUCGUGCAUGAAGCUCGCACUUACUUCCGCAUUAGACAUCUGGGAAUUUGCAUGUGAUGAAAUCGUACGUGUUUAUGCGAACAAAAUCGUGCGACAUCACACGAAAUAGCCACCUCAGAAAUUAUGUACGACUUUUCAUGAGAUCGGGUUGAUAAAAUCAUGACCACUCAUAUGAGAUGAGGACUCUAGUCAUAUCAGUAACCUUAUAAAAGCUGUUUUAUUUUACAUGGGUUGGGGCGCCCUCAUGGGGGCUGCCAUUUUAAAUCACAUGACCAGCUGAUCUCAGUAACCUUCUUGUUAUUGGACAUUUUCCUCUUGGAUUAAAUUAAUCAUGGCUGAUUGUGAAUAGUAAAUUUAUAUAAAGGCAUCUGUAACUGAAAACUUCUGAUUUUGAAUGAUGCUGCAUCCACACCACUAGGUGUCACUGUCCAAGAUGACACAAUCAAAAAGAGUGCAUCAUUAAACUAUUUAUUUAUUUAUUUUUUCAAAUGUUUGCAUUGACAGAAUGCGACAUUGUCCAUUAUCUGUCCAGUUUUCAUAAAUAAUCCAAACCAGAUUUUUUUUUACGUCGGAAAAGUCUAAACAUGCUUGAGUGCGGCACUCGUUGUUUUCUGAAGGAACAUACAGACGGUGACUGAGUGACACUGGCAGAGUGGAUCCUCAUUUACACCUCACAAUGAUGGUAAAAUAUAAUUAUUUGAUAUAUGAUUGUUGCUACACCUAAAUUACUAACAUUAAAUAAUCUUUUGUCUUAGAACUAACACCUUGCCAUCUUCACCAGCAUGCGAUUGACGCUUCAUUCAACUCUAUGCAAGAGUUGUGGUUGUGAUAUUUAUAAGAAAGAGGCAGGGUUUAAGCAGGCUAAAUGAUUGGAGAAGUCCUACAUACAUCAACAGAGAGAAGUCUGUCGUUUCACCGGAAGAUUGAGUUAUGAAAUUGCUCCAAAAAGGGGCAGUCGCUCCAAAUCACCAUUGAAGAUAUAGGGAGCCUCUUACUUAACCCUUUCCCUAACCAUAUGUGGAAGAACCAUGCCCCCUUUGGGAGUAACCCCACCCCCAUUUGGAGGUAUCCGGCCUGCUGCUGUUCGAGCUGUUCGAACUGUUUGAACACUGAUGUCAAAGCUGCCUUGUGUGUGUUUACAAGCAUAUCUAAAUUCAGAGAAAUUAGAAAAAUGUUCUUUCAAAUCAGCAUCUGAAAUAUAUUCAAAGUCAUUAUUUACAUAACCUCAUGUCACUGAAGCUUUCAGUUACCAUAUGCAGUGUUCCCCAUCAGCCAUGAUUCAUUUAUACUGCUAGUGAAAGUGUCUAAAAACAGGUGGGUUAUUGAAAUAAAGUGGUAUUCAGAUGGUCAUUUGAUCUCAUGAUGUUGGCCCCCAUGAGUCGAGCUGCUCCAUGUAUUUUAUUUUUUUAUAUGUCAGAUAUUACAUCUUGUUGUUGGGGUUUAUGAUUUAAUUAUACACUUUACAUUAAGGUUAUAUACGUUAACACAAGCACAUGUAACAUUAUUAUGUUCCAAAUUAGGUUUCAAGAAAUAACAAUGAAUAUUUUUUCACACAUUAUUUCAUCUUGGAAUUCUUUGUUUAUGUUACUUAAUACAUACAUAUUUGUUCAUUGUUAGUUCAUGUUAGUUUUUAUUGAUGAUACAUUACUACUUUUUAUUAUUAAACUGUAUUAGUGUAUGUAGCCUAAUUGACAUAUACCAUGAUUAAAAAUGGUGUAAAAAUGUUGUUCAUUUUUCAUGUUAAUUAAUUGUGUAAUGUUAAUAUGAACAUGACACAACCUUAUUGUAAUGAGUUUAAUAACAUUUAAAAUUUAAUAACAAUAACAAUAACAUUUACAUUUAAUAAAGGGGACAUUCCAGAAUUGGAGGACAUUUUCUGUCCCAGACAUACAUUUUCAAAGAAUAGAUGCUCAGAAUGCUCAGAAUAUUGAAACAAAUUUAUAUAUUACUAAUAUAAAUAAAAAAAAAUAUAAUUUCAAACAUUUCAUUCAAAUUAAAACAUACCUCCUAAAACAACUAUUUUUCAUUGUCCCAUCUUGUUAAUGACCAAACUGCAUGUCAUUUUAGUCUCUUUAUUUUUUUAUUUUAUUUUUUUGAGCGGUAAGACGCGGAGACAACUGAGAUUCGUCCUCUGCCACUCGGAUUGAGGCGAGUCACUACGCCACCACGAGGAUUUAGAGCGCAUUGCGAAUUGGCCAUUCCAAAUUGGGGAGAAAAAGGGAGAAAAUAAAAAAUAAAAAUAUAUUAAAAAAAAUUAAGGCUUUUUGUCCUCCAACGUCGAGUUCUUCUAUUGACACCUUUGUGAAUCUUGUUGAGAAAGAUGUAGAAGUCCUACUUUGUCAAAAAAAAAAAAAAAAAAAAAAAAACAAACAAACAAAAAAAAAACACCCUCACCAUCCAAUGGGGGUUAUGCGCAACAAGCUUCCUUGUUCCGUAAAACAGUUCGAAUCGCUCCGGUUCUGUACGUUCUACGCUGACAUGGCAUUGUUUUACUCAAGAUGCCUUCAGGAACUACCAAACAUGAGCAUAAUCAAUGUCCAUCGCAUAUGCAGGUUGACAUCUAAAACUCCUGCCACCAAAAUGGAUAAGGGAUUUAUGCUAUAUGCUUCCUCAUACAUACGCGACUACGAGGUAUCAAAUAAAGACAGCUGACUGGUGCUGUCAGCAUCAGGGCAGCCUGUCACAGGUCUAUGAGGAAAAGCGAGAAGCUACACAGCCUGAGAGAAACGUUAGGGAUGGUUUGGGUGUUCUGUUCGAGUUCUCAGUCUGUUCCAGUUCAAGGACAGCUUUUAUCAAGCCUUUCCGAGUUGGAAUAAGAAUAGAGGAUCUGUGAUCAUGACCAAGUCCCUUUGUUAUCCUGAGACGCUUGGUAAAUGCAUGCACAGUUGUUCCAAGUUAAUUGUUGUUGUUUGUCUACUUCUUAAAAGACGAGGAUAGUGAGGUCAGUGGGGUAUAGUUGACUGACUGUAAAUCCUUGAUUCUUGAGUGCCACCUAUUAUUCCAUGUUAUUCAUAAUCAGGCCUCUUAAAUUAAAAAUCCCUCUAAUACACAGAGUAUUAACAAAUUCUGUUAUUGUAUUUAUUUUAUUAAUGGCAUUGCCAUACUUGCCCCAGCAACCUAACUAGACUGAUACUCAAAUCAAUGUCAGUGUUUGUAAAAAUUUCUCUCCAUAUACUUUUGUACAGAUUGUUCUUUGGAAUUCGGACCCUGUCAUCCUCGUAUCAAAUCGGUGCUCGUGUGUAGCUGGCACUGCAGUGUGCAACCACAUUGUUGCUUUGCUGUUUCAAACAGCACAUUAUUCAGAGCUUGAUGUGCAGGUUGUGCCCCCUGUCCACUCCUGCACUGAGACAGAGCAGCAAUGGCACAAGCCCAGAACAGCUGGAGUGAAACCUGGGCCAAUAAACAAAAUGGCCAUCACAAGACCAAGACCCACCCGGCUCAUGGAAGGAGGAAUCAGAAGUACACUCUACAAGGGCUUGGUUGGGGACCCACUUGACAUCUCUUUGCUACAGAUUGGAGACACAUACAAAGACUUUGACAUUACGGAGAAACCUUUAGUAGCAACUAUGGGCAUAUGUGAUGAGAAGACCCUUGUUGAGAUAGCUUCUGGCUUAGCACAAAAUGGGAGUGUGCUCUCUUACCAGCAGCCUAUAUUGCCCACAAAAUCGGUCAACAUGCACCAAGAUCCUCAACCUUACCCACCACUGCCUCUUGGGGAGUACAGGCUUGACCCAACAGAAUGUGUGCAUGUGUGCACUGAAGAGGAGCACUUCCACCUUAAAAGCUUGAUAGUCACACUGGACAUGGCCUAUAAAAUUGAGGCUGCCACAAGAGAGCAGGCAGCGGAACAGGAGUGGCAUCAGCUCCAUUGGCCUAGGAUCGCCUCCUCACGUUUUAGAGAGGUGCGUUUUGUCAGGGAAGUGAGUUCUGCAGAGUCUCUUGCAGAAAGAAUCCUCAAAGGAACAAGGCAGACAGCAGAAAUGAGAAGAGGUGCAGACAUGGAGUUUGAGGCAGCAGUGGAGUACUGCAAGAUGAAAAAUGUCAACUACAUGCCCUGUGGCCUCGUCAUCCACCAUGAUGCCCCUUGGCUUGAUGCCUCACCAGAUGGCUUGAUUUAUGAUCCAUUCACACAGCCACCAUUUGGACUGGUUGAGAUAAAGUGCCCUAAUGUGAAGAACUAUUUGGACUGUAAAUACCUUCAAAUGCAGCAUGGCACUUUAGCACUCCAUGAAAGCCACUCGUAUUACUGGCAGGUGCAGGGUCAACUGUUGAUCACUUGCCUGCAGUGGUGCGAUUUUGUGAUCUGUGCCCAGGAUGACAUGCUGGUGCAUUGUAUAUAUGUUGACCCGAAGGUAACAGCAGCCAUUAGAGAGAGGGUGGACCAGUUUUAUUUUAAUGUGCAUAUGCAAAAGUACCUGUCUUUCUCCAAAAGGUUGUAAUGAUUGAUGCAGGAUAAUGUGAGUUGUAAAGUUGGUUGCUUGACCAUUUUUAUUUUUCCGAUUUUUUAUAGAGUUUUUUUUUUUUUAGAGCUCUUAUGGGCAAUUUUAAUGUUUCAGUUGAUGAUUUAGAUUAUGAAAAAGUAUGUUCUUCAAAAGGUUACACAGUAAUUGUACUGUAUAUAUUGCAAUGAACAAAGAGAAAAAUGUUGUUUUUUUCCCCACACAGAUUUAUUUUUCAGUGACAAAAAUAAUUAAUAA